AUGAGCCACGUGGCAACGGACGACAGCAUGAGUGAUGACGUGUUCGAAGAGGAGACGCUGCGGCCGCCCGCGCAGCGCAGCACCCCCUCCCCCACCGGCUACCCAGACUACCGCCCCCCCUCUGAGACACCCCGCACCCUCCUGGACGAAGACAUGCCCAUACACAAGACUAUCCUGCUUGGCGACAGCGGCGUCGGCAAAACAUCUUUGUUGGUGCAAUUCGAGACCGGCAAGUUUCAGCCGGGCAAUUUUUCCGCGACCGUUGGAAUUGGCUUCACUGUAAGUAAAAUU